UUGAGUUGUUUGUUGAUGUUGGUUGACUGGAACUCUUAUUCAAAUUCUAAAAUUAAAUCGUGGACUCUGUUAAUAGUGUUAUUUUUACAUACCAUUUAUUUUAGCCUAUUUUAAUUUAGCGUAGCACAUUAAAAAUAAGCCCUUAGUGAAUUUAACGUCAGUGGCAAGUGUGAGUCAAUGGAUCUAAAUGCCAAUUAUAUGGUAAUCAAACAAGGAGCUGAGGGCAAGAUUUACAAGGGUUUAUAUCUAAAUAAAAGGGUGAUUGUAAAGGAAAGAUUUGUAAAGCAUUACAGAAUUAAUGACUUGGAUGAACAUCUGACCAAGGAAAGGAUGAAAGCAGAAGCAAAAACAAUAGUGAAGAGCAAAAAUGCUGGAGUACGCACCCCAGCCAUUUACUUGGUUGAUUUUGACCAUCGCAUUUUAGUAAUGGAAGAAAUUGUUAACAGUGUUACAGUGAAAGACGCUAUAAAUGAACUUACUAGUUUACAAGCGGAUGGUGAUGUCAGAGGAAAGUUGGAAACAAUUUGUCAGGAAAUUGGUUUAGCUCUAGGAAAGCUGCACAAGAAUGGAAUUGUGCAUGGCGAUCUCACAACAUCUAACAUGUUAUUGAAGCAAAAUAGUCCAGAAUGUGAACCAGAACUGUACUUAAUUGAUUUUGGACUCAGUCUUCUUGAUGCAUCACCUCAAGAUAAAGGUGUUGAUUUAUAUGUGUUGGAGCGUGCCCUUAUUAGUACUCACAAAAACUCUGAACAGCUUUUUGAUCUUAUCUUGAAAGCUUACCAGACAGUUUAUAAGAAGGGGAGUUGCAGUGAAGUUAUGAGUAAGCUUGAAGAAGUAAGAGCUAGAGGUAGGAAAAGAACCAUGGUAGGUUGAUGAGUUUGAGAAUUUAUUGCUGUACAGUAGUAAUUAUUGCACAAAGUAAAAAUACAGAACAUUUUAUAUUUGAA